AACUUGGACAGCAGCAUAAGCACACCGGCGAGAUUCGACUGCAGCGCCGGCGUCGAGAUGGCGGCAGACGACGAGGAGGAGCUCUUCCUCUCCGCGUACCUGGUCGACGAGGAGGAGGACGACGACGACGCCGCGGCGGCGAAGUCGGAGAGGGCGAAUCGGAGAGCAGCGGGGGACUGGGACGUUCAGCGGAUCCUCGAGCACUCCGCGGAGAAGCAGCGGGAGCUCUGCCGGCAGCAUCAAGAACAACUUAUCCAACAAGUUCCCGCCGGCGACGAACCGGAGGAAAAACGUGCGGCGCCGCCGCUGCUGCCGAUGCGGCACUACGGGGCGUGCUUGGGCGGCCCGGAGCUGGCGUCGUCGGCGAACGUGCUCGCCGUCAGAGUGAUCAGGUCGGUGGCGGGGUACCCUGUCGAUGUGUACGGCCAUGUGUUCGUCAGGGACGACCUGGACGGCAAGCGCGUCUACAUCUUCCGCCGUGGCCGCCACAACUGCCAGAGGAUAAACUCCAAGGAUGAGGUUUUAACCCUAACCGGACCAUCUCGAGGGCUCCUUUUACGCCGCGAUGUCCACUUUGAGAUCAACUUGAAGAGCAAGAGUCGUCAAGCAGAAGAUGACAGAGAUGUUGCCAGGUGCUGCCUGAAGAACGACGUAACCACCUCCUCUUCCAAGGUCGUCAGAAACAGGAUCGCCGGCAAACUCUGCACGAUCGACUUGACUUACUCACCGGUCCACCACGCAGUAGAGGCCACGGUUGAACUUAAGUUUGAUGAGAUCUUGACUACCAUCAGAGUGAGCCGAAGAGGAAAUGCCAUUAGGGAGUGGGUCCCGUUCAGCCAGGUGCAGAGGAAGGAACACCCCGAGUUCCACGGCAAGGUCAAAGUCAGCAUCGCCGGGGUUCCGGAGGAAAUCGUCCUCUAUGAUAGCGAGGCUGAUGGCACCGUGACCGCGGUGAGCGACGAGGGGUUCAUUCAGCUGUCACGAUGUGCCGUUUCUGUGCCAAUAUGCGGUAGGUUGUCGCUCAAGGUUACUACCGGUGAGCAUAACGUCACUUCGUUAGUUGGGCGCGCCUCUGGCUGUGACACCUUCGUCCUGCGCAAUACUUCCUAUCAACUUUCUGGCAAAGUUACCUGGUCGCUGCUCUACUCUCCCAUGGUCGAUGGUCUUCCGAGCUCGUGGUUUCUGCCAUUGGAAUCUUUCUCUGAAUCUAUGUGAAGCUGUGAGUCAAGUGUGGUAGCUGUUGAAUGUUGGUGAUUUCUGACACGGCAUUUUGUCAGUUUUGUGCAUAUAAUGUCAAAACCUGGGAUGAGUUUAAA